GUACACACGUCCACCGGGUGGGUUUGGUCGCCUUCGUUCUACUUGCCGUGCUUGACAACUGAUUUUACACCCAAAAAUGUCAACCGACAAGGAGCCUGCCAAGGCACAAAAAGGAGGACGCAAUCAUGCUGGAGCUAAGGAGCUUGCAGGUUACUACUCGAGUGGUAAGCGAGUUCAAGAAUACAUCUGUGUUACUGUAGCCUCCAGUCUGCUAGUCUUCAAUGCCUACCAUAUCAUUCUGAACUUUGAUGUUGAGAACUGGAAAUGGCAUUUCGCUGCCGCAAUUCUGGCCAUUGUUGUGUCAGAUUUUGCCUCUGGACUGGUGCACUGGUUGUCUGACUCCUACGGAUCAGUGGACAUGCCUGUGUUUGGAAAGGCUUUCAUCAGGCCUUUCAGAGAGCAUCACAUCGACCCCACGGCAGUCUGCCGUCAUGACUUCAUCGAGGUCAACGGCGACAACUUCAUGCUGACCGUCCCCUACUUCUCCUACAUGGCCUACAAGUUCAUCUCCCACACCCCGGCUGAGAUCCAGACCUUCGUCGUCUUCGAGUCCUUCAUGCUGACGCUGGGCUUCUUCGUCAUGCUGACCAACCAGAUCCACAAGUGGUCCCACACCUACUUCGGUUUGCCGCGCUGGGUGACCCUGCUCCAGGAUCUCAACUUGAUCCUCCCCCGUAAGCAUCACCGCAUCCACCACGUGGUGCCCCAUGAGACCUACUUCUGCAUCACGACGGGCUGGCUGGAUUACCCCUUGGAGAAGCUGGGCUUCUGGCCGGCCAUGGAGGCCAUCAUCCUGAGGCUGACGGGGAUCAAGCCCCGGACUGACGACAUGCACUGGUGCAAGAAGGAAGAGAUCAGAUAACUUGGAGUCGAGUCAGUGUCGUGGAGCUGCUCAACAGUAAAGGCUGGUUCAUGCCUAAAUACCAUUUUAAGAUGAAUUUGAGUCAAAAAAAAUAAACCCAGUGAAAUCCACCCAUGUUAAAAUGCAUAAAUCACAGAGUAAUACGCCUCUAUCAUGAUUACCACUAUGCCAAAGAAGUUGCUAUAACAAAUCUCCUUUUGCUCCAAAAUGUAUGCACAACUACAGUAAGCAUUGGCUUCCGAAAAUCACUUUAAAGAAUUAUUUUGUACUAGGAUAUUAAUUUAGCUGUGCAUUCACAUUCACACUGAGCAUGAACCAGCCUUUAGUUAGAACAAUUUCUACAAGAACCAAAAAAUAAUAAAAAGCUCAAACUUAAAGCAUAUUGCAGUGUCUUUGUAAGCAAAUUUCUCCUCUGAAGUUAGAAUGUUCUUUGGAAUUGACAAAAGCUUUGUGGGUAGAUAAUUAUGUUCUGAGCAGUUUCAUGAUAUUGGUCUGUUUAAUAAGCCUUUCUAAGAAGUUUAUUGGACACAAUCAACGGUUAACACAAAUUUCAAGACUUCUUCUAGACGUAAUUAACUAAAAUUCUUUCAAUUGAGCAAACAGACGACAUGGUCUAGAGUCACAUUUUAGCUUCACAAACAAAUCACCCAUACUUCUCUUAGACUUGAUGUCAAAAAAGAAGAAGAGAUAUAUCAGUAAUUUGUGUGUGUCCAAAACACCGGUGGUGAAGUUGAGUCCUUUUCCCAAUGAAACUCCAGGCCUGUGUGCUGUGCAUGCUGAUUUGACUCGAGAGUUGUGUAAUAGUCUUUAAUUAAUGUGAACAUCUUCACAAAUUAUGCACACACUAGUGUUUGAUUAGUUGCUCAAUGUUUAAUGUCAUCACAGGACUUAUAACUAAUGUUUUAAUUGUAUACAUAUUAAUAUUAAGUCAAAAUGGCUGUGUUGCCCCCUCCCCAAUAUUUUAGUUGCAUUUUCAGGUACCUUUCCACAACUUGGCUGUUUUCUUUGGACCAAUCCGGGCACGCUGUCACUUCUAUCGCGAAGGCCCCCUUCAAUGGUGAAAGCACAAUAGCUUGCACAAUACUUCCGCCUCGUGUGUGUGUGUGUGCAGUGAUCACUAUGACCAGAUUCGUCUGUAGGCAUUCUCCUCUAUGUGAUUUGUAAUGUUUGAGAUCAUUACAUGUUGGAGAUAUGGGUGGUACGCUGGUGCAUUCUAUGCAAUUACCGGUACAUGUAUGUACAUAUACAACUUUCUUAAAAACUUUAUUGCUGGCCUAGUAAGUACAUAUACUGAGGGGAUUUGCCAUGCUAUUAUAAAGGCACAGAUUCACUGCACACUACAUAUACAGUGUACGUUGUAUCAAAAUCCAACAGUAAUAAUAAUAACACCACGACAAUAAUUCUGAUAAUUGCUGACACAGAGAUUCCAUUACUGGGGGGCGUUUGGGGAGCAUACACUGAUUCCGUGUCUGGAUUUGUCGAUAUGCACUACUCCAAUACUAUAAUCUUGUACAAAAAAAACCAGUUUAUGUAUUUUACUGUGGUGAAAGUUUCCUUGUUUUAAGCUUAGAGAUUGGUGGUGAGAUAUUAAAUACGGGAAAAAUAACAAACAAAAAAAUUAGUAUUUAUUGUUCAGAAUGUAAAGGCGAAAUAUUAAAUAUGUACCUGUAUUGCAUGAAUAGGUUUUCAAUUGAAAUCAACUUGCUAAUCCCAGCUUUUUUAAUAUUUUUAAAAUUAUCAUAAACAGUGAAAGCCCUUUUGAUUCCCAUAUACAUUAUGAUCUUUAAUUUUGAGGUUCACCUUGCCUAAAUAGGUUGCUUGAAAUGGUCAUCAAAUUGUGUGUGUACUACAGAAUACACGUACGUACUUCAUGAUUCCUGAGGUAUCAUCGGGGAUAAGUUUAAUUUUUUUUUUUUUUUUUUUUCCAUUUGUGUAGCAUGUUUAAAGAUGAAUUAAGAUUUAUUAUGUUAGUGUUGUUAAAUGCUCUUUGUGUGGUUACAUUUCUGCCCAAGUCUUAAUGCCAAAGCCAAAAUUGGUUUGUCUAUGAAAUACUUCAAUUUUUCCUCUGUUCGAUUUCAAUCGUCAGUCAUGAUUCUAUUUUGUCCUAGUGUCUUGAAAUGGUGUCAGUUGCACAUAUCGCCUACAAGUACACAGUGUGAUUUCAAGUGUAUUGCAUGGUGUUUAUUGAUUUACAUGUAUUUUAAACACCACUAUUGUCAGAAAAAAAAAUUAUUAGUAAGUUAAUGUUUGUUUUUUGAACCAAAGAAUCAAAUCUUGCAGAUAUUAUACAGAAGGCACAGUGAUAACAAUCCAACACAGUUUAAAACAAUUCUAUUUAAAACAACUUCUAUUAAGUCACACAAAAACACACAAUGUGAGUUUUUGGAUGACAAACUGCAUGCAAUUUAUUGUAUCUAGAAUCUGCUCUACAGAGCGUCAUUUAAGUUUAACAGUUGCAUCAGUUUGCAUGUCAGAAGUGAAAAUGAUGCAAAUGAAAUAUAAGAUUGGAAGGUUUGCAAGGGGAAGUGGGCAAUAAGUGUAUGUUUACGGUUGCAUCAUGUAACAAAUCCCUUUUGUGAGGUUCCAAAAAUAACUUGGGGAAACGCAAUGUUUCAGACAACAUGUCUCCUUAUGAUGGCAGGCAUGCAACUUUUCCUCGGAUCCGCUGAUUUCCUCGUUUUUAACUACUCAUGACUGCCAUUACAAAUUGAAAAACACUGUACAAAGUCUUGUGUGGUUUGGAAUUUCCUCGUUUUCUCUAAAUUCUCAGUUGCAUGCGUGUUCAGAUGGGCAGAGCGUAUAAAUGUACUGCCUGAAACGUUGAGUGUCCCCAAUUCUUUUCAAAACUUUACAAAACUCACGAAGGAAAUUUGUUGCAUGGUUCAACUGUAAAUGUACUCCUAUUGACACCAAUUAUGCUGUGUGAGAUUUGGAAAUAGUUUUUGCCAUUAUAUUAAUGGCUCUUGCAGUUAUUUAUUUCUGUGCAUUUUGUACUUAUAUUUUUUUGUCAGGAUCCAAUUUUAUGGAGUUUCCCAUGUCUCACAAAGUUGCUUAGGUGAUAGCAUGGAAUUAUGCUAAGCAGUAUUUCCCGCUUAGCAGUGCCACAAAAUUGGACCCAAAAAUGAAAGCAUGGCUGUUAAACUAAAGCAUUGUGUGACAUUUGCUUUAUUAUUAAUGGGAAAUGGAAUUAUUAAAUAAUGGCAAAUGUAUUAUUGGACUUUUCCCAAAAACUAUCAAUUACAAUUAUGUUGGAACAUUGGCUUGGUGUAUGGCUAAUUUUCUUUUACUAAAAAGAAUUUAAAUUAUUUUGAUAUAUCAUCUUGUCAUUAACCAAUAAGUUUGAAAAUAUACUUGCAUUUUAGUUCUGAACUGGUAUGAGAAUUUGUUUCAAUAUGUAUAACAGGAACGUUUUUAUGACAAAGUUUUGAAUCAGUGAAGUGUUCUUGCAUGAUCAAAAGUAAAUGCCCAGUUAUUGGUGGCGAGUUGCCACGGAUUUCUAACAUUUUUGGGGGUUGAUUGGUAUUACAUUCUGUCUGAAGGUUUCUUGUCUUUUAUAGAAUUUAUUCCAUUUCCUCUGUAAUAUACCUGCCAAACAGAAUGUCAUAGUGAAAGUAGAGAGAUGCAUUCAAAUUGAAGGUUUAUAACCAAUUAGUUCGGUGUGAUACAAUUCAAUGUACACAUUGUGAUUGUGAUUGUUGGAAGAUUUUUCAAAGAAUUAUCACCAAGUUAUAACAAAGCAGGACUUAAUGAAUAAACUAGGGUAAAGAUACUUAAAA